AUGGCAUCGUCAACAUCACUGGAAUCAACCACUGUCGUGACCGAUCCAGUGAUACCAUACACGGAAAUGAUUGCGAAUGGAUUGUGUCCUGGUCAAAGUAUCAUUAUUAAGGGAGCCGUCCUGCAUGACCUGCAUCAGAAACGUUUUGUUGUAGAAUUUUGUUGCGGUUUACUCAUUCAAGGUGAUCAUCGAGAUGACAAAGCAUUACAUUUCAAUCCUCGAUUCGAUACUGGUAGCUCAUGGUUUGGUCUUUCACCUGAUCGACAAAUUGUAUUAAAUUCGCUAAUUGGUAACCGAUGGGGUAUGGAGGAGCGCUACGCAAAUGUUUUCAAAGAAGGAAAUGAAUUUUCAAUGCGCAUCUUGGUGCUUGCUAAUUAUUUUAGUAUUGCUGUGAAUGGUCGUUAUUUAUGUGACUAUUUACAUCGGAUACCGAUUACUGACAUUAGGACAAUUUUUAUAGAAGGCAAUGUCCGAAUCAGCACAAUUGAAUAUCAUGGCAUCGAUAAUACUACAACUCCCAAACAAAUGGAAUUCACUGACAAAAUUGACAAGCUUUCCAUCAACGAUAUUAUCCGCAAGCCUAAAGUUCCUUUAAAAAUGAGUUUGCAAACACGAUUGUCGUACGGCGCAAAAGUAUUGUUUACUGGUACCCCACUAAUGAAUGCAGAGUGUUUCACCAUUAACUUUUUGACAGCGAUGGAAUACUUUUUCCAUUUCCGAGUAGAUUUUGCAGUGGGAAAUGAAAAGAUCACAGUUAACAGUAAUCAUUUUGCUAAUUUUAAUUACCGAAGAUCUUCCCAGCUGAUGCGCGUUGAAAGUAUCACUGUGAAAGGUGAUCUGAGCCUGCAGAAAAUUGAGUUCCGGCUAUUUGCAAUCUUGGAGAUACGACCUUAG